AUGAUGCAAAGUGCGGCUGUUCUACCAACAGAGAGUCCUGUGAAGGGUCUACCGGAGAUACUCGGAGUGCCAAUGCAACAAAUCCCCCAGUGUGCGGGCUGUAGUCAACACAUCCUCGACAAGUUCAUCCUGAAGGUGCUGGACCGCCACUGGCACUCCAAGUGCCUCAAGUGCGCCGAUUGUCAAGCGUUGCUGGCAGACAAGUGUUUCUCGCGGGCGGGAAAUGUGUACUGCAAAGAGGACUUUUUCAAGCGGUUUGGAACAAAGUGUGCAUCAUGCCAACAGGGGAUACCGCCGACCCAGGUGGUGCGGAAGGCCCAGGACUUUGUGUACCACCUGCACUGCUUCGCCUGUGUCAUGUGCAGCCGGCAGCUGGCCACUGGGGAUGAGUUCUACCUCAUGGAAGACGGCAGGCUGGUGUGCAAGGAGGACUACGAGACGGCCAAACAGAAUGAUGAUUCAGAGGCAGGUGCAAAGCGACCACGAACCACCAUCACAGCCAAACAGCUGGAGACCCUUAAAAUCGCCUACAAGAACUCUCCCAAGCCAGCGCGCCACGUCCGCGAGCAGCUCUCCUCAGAGACGGGGCUGGACAUGAGAGUAGUGCAGGUGUGGUUCCAGAAUCGUCGUGCAAAAGAGAAGCGUCUGAAGAAGGACGCAGGGCGGCACCGUUGGGGUCAGUUUUACAAAAGUGUCAAACGUAACCGAGGGGGCAACAAGGUGGAGAAGGAGAGUUCAGCAGAUGAUGCGGGACUGAGCGACAGUGAGCUCAGCUUCAGAGACGACCAGAUCCUGUCAGACCUGGGCCACACCAACGGUCUGUAUGGGAGUGUGGGCGACGUGGCCAACGGAGGCUUGUUGAACGGAGGCUUCUCUCUGGACGCUGCUGGACAACCCUAUCAUGACAUUCGGCCGGGCAGUCCCUACGGCCUCCCCCAGUCACCGUCGUCCAUCGCCUCGCUGUCCGGCCACACCCCACUGCUCAACAACCUGGGCUUCACCAUGGACAGCAUCAUGAUCCAGGGGGGGCAGGGUGGCGUGGGACAGGCUCUCAGGGCCAUGGCAGGAGGCCCCACCUCUGACCUCUCCACAGGGAGCAGCACGGGCUACCCAGACUUCCCCACCAGCCCUGCCUCAUGGCUGGACGAGAUGGACCACUCCCAGUUCUGA